CUGGAGUUCUUCUCCAACUCAACAGACAUCGAGGUGUUAACAGAGCCUGUGCCCAAGUGGAGAAAUGUCCGAGGCCAUAAUCCUCUGGGUCUGAUGUACCAGGAUGCCUGUCGAUGGGGCCUCACGCUGCAGACGUACGUGCAGCUCACCAUGCUCGACCAGCACACUCGUCCACAGACGUUGCCUGUACGGUUGAUGGAGCGGUCAAUUCACAGUGCAAGAUAUGUUUUUGUAGAAAACUUAUACAGAAGUGGGAAAAUGCCCGAAGUGGACUACGUGGUCCUGUCGGAAUGGUUUGACUGGAUUGUGAGGAACAUCGACGUAUCCAUUGACUUGAUAGUUUAUCUCCGGACCACUCCUGAGACCUGUUACCAGAGGCUGAAGAUGAGAUGCAGGGAAGAGGAGAAGGUCAUCCCAUUGGAGUACCUGGAUGCUAUUCACCACCUAUACGAGGAGUGGCUCAUCAAAGGGAGCCUUUUCCCAGUGGCAGCCCCCGUUCUGGGGACACUGCGGGCCACAGAGGAUGAGCCAUCUUUAUUAGCUCAGAGACUGUCUUAGCUGUGUUCAGCUGUAACAGUGCAUCAAAGGCACAGCUGUCUCCUGAGUCAAGUAGCAGCAAGAGACAGAAAGAACAUUCUCUCCGAGGACAAUCUGGACGGGAAGGAUGGGGCUUGCAAGCAAAGGCUCUUGCAGCACUGGAGCUCCUGAACUUCGGAGGUGGGUGGAGAGAGCUUCCAGAAGGCCGUGUGCGGACGCAGGGGUGCGGAUUGAUUAUGAACUUGGGGGAACAGGCCUUGGCCUCUCCUGAGUGGUGGUCAGGGUGCCAGAAGGUUGGAAGUUCUCGUCUCGGCCUCCGAGUGAGUGAGGCACUGGUGCACACAACUCGCUGCUGUAGAUUGGUGACAGGUGCCCCUGGUGGCCCGGGCCCAGAGGCAGCGCCCGGAGGGCAGCACUCUGGCUCCUGGCCCUUCCUGGUGGGACCAAUCCUGGGCCAGUGCUCAGGUGGGGAUGCGUCUCAGCCUCGACGUCAGUGAUGGACCAGCAGGAAGCACAGCCGCUGCUACCAGGCACCUGGACAUGCCGGGACCAGCUUUGGGACUUUGCAGACGAAUGGUCGAGUUUUCCUCACAGCUCAAUUUGAGCAUCUGUAGUGGGGGGAAAUGUGAUUAAAGAAAAAAAACAACAAAAAAAA